AUGAGUUUUUUUCAACGGCAGGAGCUGGAGCUUGCAGACGUCGAGGAGUCCGAGGAUGCGCAGAAAAGGUGUCUGAAACGAAGCCAAUAUCAGUGGCAGGAGCUGGAGCUUGCAGACAUCGAGACGCCCGAGAACGCGCAGGAAGGGCGUCCGGAGCGAGGCCAGCAUACGUGGCAGGAGCUGAAGCUUGCAGACGUUGAGGCGCCCGAGGACGCGCCGGAAGUCGAGUCGCCCGAGGACGUACAGGAAGAGUGUCCGGAGCGAGGUCAGCUUCAGUGGCAGGAGCUGGAGCUUGCGGACGUCGAGGCGCCCGAGGAUGCGCCGGAAGUCGAGGCACCCGUGGACGCGCAGGAAGGGUGUCCAGAGCAAGGCCGGCGUCAGUGGCAGGAGCUGGAGCUUGUGGGCCACGAGGCGCCCGAGGACGCGCAGGAAGGGUGUCCGGAGCGAGGCCAGCGUCAGCGGCAGGAGCUGGAGCUUGUGGACGACGAGGCGCCCGACGACGCGCCGAAAGACGAGGCGCCCGAGGAAGUGCAGGAAAGGCGUCCGGAGCGAUGUCAGCGUCAGCGGCAGAAGCUGGAGCUUGCGGACGACGAGACGCCCGAGGACGCGCACGAAGUACGUCCGAAGCAAUGCCUUGAUCAGCAGCCGCAGCCAGUACUUGUAGAAGUUGAUGACCGGGUGGUAACUCGUUUUCUUGAGCAGCAUUAG